UAUGUACUUACACAAAAUUAGGUUCAUUUUGGAGGCCAUUAGUGCGGGUAAUGUGGUAACUCCUGAAAUGGUUGAAGAAUUACUGCUUGCUGGUGCAGAUAUUGUUAAAGUUGGAAUUGGUCCUGGCUCCGUUUGUACAACGAGAAAAAAGACGGGUGUUGGGUAUCCCCAAUUAAGUGCCAUAUUAGAGUGUGCCGAUGCGGCCCAUCUUCUUGGGGGUCACAUAAUAUCGGACGGCGGCUGCACCUGCCCUGGUGACGUUUCCAAGGCUUUCGGUGCCGGUGCUGAUUUUGUAAUGAUUGGGGGUAUGCUGGCUGGUCACGAUGAGUCCGGUGGAGAGAUAAUUGAGCGAAACGGUCAGAAAUUAAAACUCUUUUAUGGAAUGGCUAGUUCAACAGCCAUGAAAAAGCAUCAGGGAGGUGUUGCUGAAUAUCGCGCUUCCGAAGGUAAAACUGUUCAGAUUGCCUAUAGAGGACCGGUUAUCGAAACCCUAAAAGACAUUCUGGGCGGUAUACGAUCAACCUGCACAUAUGUUGGGGCAACCGAACUGAAAGAAUUGCCAAGAAGAACAACUUUUAUUCGGGUAACUCAACAAAUAAACGAAGUCUAUUCUGCUUUUCAGGUCGGAAACUAG